AUGAGCGAGUCCUAUCAAGAUGAGACAGUCCCUAAGAAUAUUCAGUUAGAAUCACAAAUAGGAUGGAUAGAUCCGCCAGUUGAUAUCAUAUUUACACCAAGUGGAAACGAGUACUUUAUUACUGCCCCACGUUACGACGGGAGCGGAAAAACCUUUACACAAGUGGCGAUUGUUGAUGCUUCCAUUGAAAUCAAUCCACCCAUUCAAAACGGUCAGAUGUUAUAUCUUACUGUUAACACAGUGGACGUUUAUAAAAUUGUCAGUUUCAGCAACGAUACAGUGUAUUUCCUUGCUUCACCAAUAGAAAAGCCAGAAGAGCGUCACCUUUACAGCGUGACGACAAAUAUGCACGCAUACGACUUUAGAGAAAUGACAUGUCUUACGUGUAACGUAAGUGAAGUAUGCCGUUACGUUGACGUCAAUUUUGGACACGCUGGGCAGUAUUAUUUAUUGGCUUGUUUAGGUCCCGAUGUGCCGUUUUACAGCUUAGUUGAAGCUCCAGAUAUGUUAGUCGCAACUAUUGAGGAUAAUGACAGACUGCGUCAACAUUUGUCAACAAAGCUGUUGCCCGAAUAUGAAUAUAUGAAUAUAACGCUUCCUGACGAAAACUACGUUCUUGCUAAAACAAUUCUUCCGCCGGUGUUGGAUAUGGAAGAGGAAAUCAAAUACAACGUUUUAAUAAUUCCAAACAACGAAAUCGGUGACCAAAGUGUCACAUCCAAGUUUUACAUUGGAUGGGAGGAGGUUCUGAGCAGCUUGCGGAGCAUUGUAAUCGCCAAAAUUGACACAAGCGGCUCGAGUGGACGGGGCGAAGAAUGGCUCAAAUCUAUCAGGGGUCAAAUUGGCGCCCGGGAGUCAGACGAGAUACUGGCCUCUAUGAGGUACUUUCGCACGUUGCAUUAUGUUACGGAGAAGAUGGGCAUUUCAGGACAGUCCUAUGGAGGACACGUGGCCUUGUCUACACUGAACUCAGAUUUUAAUGACGUCAUUUUCUGCGGGACUGCCCUUUCACCCAUCGUAGAUUACUCAUAUAUGAAUUCAUAUGUACAUACCAAGUAUAAUAUACCUGCUGGGUACCACAUAUCACAAGGACCAAAGCUGCUGAAAAGCGCCACAAAUAUGAAAAAGCAUUCCUUAUACCUUUUACAUGGUACACUGAAUGAUCGCGUUCAGUUCCAACACACUGCUCAAUAUAUCAAAUCACUGGUGGACGCUGGUGUAAGCCAUAUGCAACAGAUUUACCCUGAUGUCCGGAACAUUUUUGACACUCACUUGUCGCAUGUUGUGAACAACAUUGAACAUUUUUACAUUGACUGUUUUGAACUUGAUCCCAAUUCUGAUCCAAUUUAUAUAGUGGAAGAGGAAGAGGAGGAAUAG